GGGGUGUAAGCGCUCCUCCAGGCCCGGCUCCCUAGGCCAGUCUGGGCCUUGCCUCGCGGGCUCGGGACAUCGCUGGGACAGCCAGGGGUUGCCACCUGGCUCCGGCGAGGUGUUGUCUUUCACGAUUAUCUGCCCCCCCCCACCCUCACCCCCUUCCAUUCAGAUUCUUAAUCUGCUGAGUAUCUGCACAACUGCGGAGGAGUUGGAGCCCAGCUCCCCGUGUCUCCGGUUUCCCUUUGUGCAGCCUGGGGGUCCACCAAGGGCCAGGUCAGCAUGGCAGAGACGCUGGAGUUCAACGAAGUCUAUCAGGAGGUCAAAGGCUCCAUGAAUGAUGGUCGACUCAGGUUAAGCCGCCAAGGCAUCAUCUUUAAGAAUAGCAAGACUGGCAAAGUGGACAACAUCCAGGCUGGGGAGCUGACCGAAGGCAUCUGGCGCCGGGUUGCCCUGGGCCAUGGCCUUAAACUGCUCACCAAGAACGGCCAUGUCUACAAGUACGAUGGCUUCCGAGAGUCGGAGUUUGAGAAACUCUCAGAUUUCUUCAAAAGUCACUAUCGCCUUGAGUUGAUGGAGAAGGAUCUGUGUGUGAAGGGCUGGAAUUGGGGGACGGUGAAGUUUGGCGGGCAGCUGCUUUCGUUUGAUAUUGGUGACCAGCCAGUCUUUGAGAUCCCCCUCAGCAACGUGUCCCAGUGCACCACAGGCAAGAACGAGGUGACGCUGGAGUUCCACCAGAAUGAUGAUGCCGAGGUCUCCCUCAUGGAAGUGCGCUUCUACGUGCCUCCCACCCAGGAGGACGGUGUGGACCCCGUGGAGGCCUUUGCCCAGAACGUGCUGUCCAAGGCCGACGUGAUCCAGGCCACCGGCGAUGCCAUCUGCAUCUUCCGAGAGCUGCAGUGCCUGACUCCCCGAGGCCGGUAUGACAUCCGCAUCUACCCCACCUUUCUCCACCUGCACGGCAAGACCUUUGACUACAAGAUCCCCUACACCACCGUCCUCCGCCUCUUCUUGCUGCCCCACAAGGACCAGCGCCAGAUGUUCUUUGUGAUCAGCCUGGACCCCCCCAUCAAGCAGGGCCAGACCCGUUACCACUUCCUGAUCCUCCUCUUCUCCAAGGACGAGGACAUCUCCUUGACUCUCAACAUGAAUGAGGAAGAGGUGGAGAAGCGCUUUGAGGGGCGGCUCACCAAGAACAUGUCGGGGUCCCUCUACGAGAUGGUCAGCCGCGUCAUGAAAGCCCUGGUGAACCGCAAGAUCACUGUCCCGGGCAACUUCCAGGGGCACUCUGGGGCCCAGUGCAUCACCUGCUCCUACAAGGCGAGCUCGGGGCUGCUGUACCCGCUGGAGCGCGGCUUCAUCUAUGUGCACAAGCCGCCCGUGCAUAUCCGCUUUGACGAGAUCUCCUUCGUCAACUUCGCCCGUGGCACCACCACCACGCGCUCCUUUGACUUUGAGAUUGAGACCAAGCAGGGCACUCAGUACACCUUCAGCAGCAUCGAGAGGGAGGAGUAUGGGAAGCUGUUUGAUUUUGUCAACGCCAAGAAGCUCAACAUCAAAAAUCGAGGACUGAAAGAGAAAAAAGAGGGCAUGAACCCAAGCUACGACGAGUACGCUGACUCAGACGAUGACCAGCACGAUGCCUACCUGGAGCGCAUGAAGGAGGAGGGCAAGAUCCGGGAAGAGAAUGCCAAUGACAGCAGUGAUGACUCUGGAGAAGAGACUGAUGAGUCAUUCAACCCAGGUGAAGAGGAGGAAGAUGUGGCCGAAGAAUUUGACAGCAAUGCCUCUGCCAGCUCCUCCAGCAACGAGGGUGACAGUGACCGGGAAGAGAAGAAGCGGAAACAGCUCAAGAAGGCCAAAAUCGCCAAGGACCGCAAGAGCCGUAAGAAGCCUGUGGAGGUGAAGAAGGGCAAAGACCCCAAUGCCCCCAAGAGACCCAUGUCUGCAUACAUGUUGUGGCUCAAUGCCAGUCGGGAGAAGAUCAAGUCAGACCACCCUGGCAUCAGCAUCACCGAUCUCUCCAAGAAGGCAGGCGAGAUCUGGAAGGGCAUGUCCAAAGAGAAGAAAGAGGAGUGGGAUCGCAGGGCUGAGGAGGCCCGGAGGGAGUAUGAGAAAGCCAUGAAAGAGUACGAAGGGGGCCGGGGAGAGUCUUCCAAGAGGGACAAGUCAAAGAAGAAGAAAAAAGUCAAGGUAAAGGUGGAAAAGAAGUCAACACCUUCAAGGGGCUCAUCAUCCAAGUCAUCGGCGAGGCAGCUGAGUGAGAGCUUCAAGAGCAAAGAAUUCGUGUCCAGUGAUGAGAGCUCAUCAGGAGAAAACAAGGGCAAGAAGAAGAGGCGGGGGAGCGAGGACUCAGAAGAAGAGGAACUAGCCAGUACUCCCCCCAGCUCAGAGGACUCGGCGUCAGGCUCGGAUGAGUAGCGAGGGGAAAUGUCUCCCUGCUUGCCCAGUCACACUCCAACAAAUCUCCCCACCCAUGUUUUGGUACCAGCUUCUCCCCAUCACUUGGAUUUUGGGCCACCUGUGCAAGGUCUCUUGGCAGAACGCACUUUGCCGGGGUGUAGGUAUCCUGCUGCUUCACAAGAUGGUUCUUUUCAUCUGGGGAGAGAGUGGGUGGGAAGCAGGGCAGUGCAGGCUCCAGGACCCCCGGGCCUGCUCUCCUGACCUUGCAGGUGUGCUGCCUUCAAUACCUGUGUGCAGCGGGGGGCAUGUGAGGAUGGGCCUGGGGCUCCUCCUGGGGGCCUAUUUCUACUUUUAUUUUGUAUUUCUGGUCUGUGAAAAUCAUUUAAUAAAGGGAACUGACUUUGGA